UAUGAAGUCUCUAAGGAUAAAUGCUAUUAGUGAAGAUAAUGAGGCAAGUGACGAAGGUGGAUUUGACUUGAAUAUUUUUACUCAGAGACCAGAUGAUAAAUUCAUUUGUCCAAUUUGUCUUAUGGUACUUAAAAUUCCAGCACAGACAAUUUGCGGUCAUCGUUUCUGUAAGAUAUGCAUAACAAAAUGGAUUCAGGGGGAAUCAAAGAGAAAGUGCCCAGUAUGUAAAGAAGACAUAACAAGUGAAAAGCUAUUCAUUGAUAAUUUUGCUAGAAGAGAAAUUCAUGCUCAAUUACAUAUAUAUUGCUCAUUUAAGAAAUACGGAUGCAAGAAAACUUUUCCAUUACUAUCUCACUCAGAACAUUCAAGAUCGUGUCCAUAUGCCCAUCGAGAAUGCCGGAAGUGCUCACUGUUCGUUUCUGUCAAAUCUUACACAGAUCAUUUGAAAAAUAAAUGCCUGAAUCGGGACGUCGAAUGCGAGAUUUGUAAAAGCUUAAUUAAUCUAAAUGAAUACGAUAGUCAUAAAUUGGAAUGUAUUAAAAAGAUGAACUAUCUAUCUCCUAUUAUCGUUUCUUUGGAGGAUAGAAUUAAGCAAUUAGAAAGUAUUGUUCAUAGGCAACAAGAGUUAAUUGAUAAAUUAUCGGUCAACAGUAUGCCUAAUUGUAUUGAAAUCUCGCCAUUUAUAUGGAAAAUAUCACAGUUUGAUAAAUUAAGAAAAGACGCAAUAAGUGGGAAAGCCCAAGCCGUUCAUAGUCCUGCUUUCUAUUCUACUCCAACAGGAUAUAGAAUGUGUAUAAGGCUAAAUUUAAAUGGCGUAGAUUCUUCGGUGGAUAAAUAUAUGUCAGUUUUCAUUCAUUUGGUUCAAGGAGAAUUUGAUGAUGCAUUAUCAUGGCCAUUUAAACAAGAUAUCAAUGAAACUCUAAAAUCGAGAGUAAACAUCUCAGCAUUUCAAAGACCAACCGCUGAAAGGAACCAUAAAGGAUUCGGCUACAUUGAAUUUCUUCCGCUUGAAUAUUUAAAAUCAAAGGAGACACAACCUCUGUAUGUAAAGAAUGACGUAAUGAUCCUUAGAAUAAAUGUCGUUGAGGAAUGA